AUGGCUCGAACCAAGCAGACCUCCACCGGAGGGAAGGCUCCCAGGAAGCAGCUGGCCACCAAGGCCGCCCGGAAGAGCGCCCCGGCCACCGGCGGAGUGAAGAAGCCUCACCGCUACCGGCCCGGGACCGUGGCUCUCAGAGAGAUCCGCCGCUACCAGAAGUCCACCGAGCUGCUGAUCCGCAAGCUGCCCUUCCAGCGCCUGGUCCGGGAGAUCGCUCAGGACUUCAAGACCGACCUGCGCUUCCAGAGCUCCGCCGUCAUGGCUCUGCAGGAGGCCAGCGAGGCUUACCUGGUCGGCCUGUUCGAGGACACCAACCUGUGCGCCAUCCACGCCAAGAGGGUCACCAUCAUGCCCAAAGACAUCCAGCUGGCCCGGCGCAUCCGCGGGGAGAGAGCCUAACCUGCCCGCACUCCGCUCACCACACAACGGCUCUUUUAAGAGCCACCCACCCGCACUAAAGAGUCAAAGUCCCGCUGCUC